AUGGCUCGAUCAACCAGUAACAACCAAAACAGUACACAGCAAAGUCGUGGUCGAAUAACCAAAGCAAAAAAUGUUGGUCGUACAUCAAUUCAAAAACGAUCAUCAACAACUCGCAAUAGUAACACGAACAACAAACAGACGAAUGCACGUAAUCGUACUCGUUCGUCUGUUCGUGCUAUUUCAACAACACGUAGUCGUUUGAAUACUAAUAAUCAUAAACGAAGUCUAUUGAGUAAUAAUAACAAGAGUCGAUCGUCAAUCCGAAAUGUUCAUGCACUAAACAAUAGUGCAGUUCGACAUGAACGUUCAACAAAUGCAUCACGAGGAACUAGUAGAACAAAGAAGAAUUUGUUAUCUGUCGAUGCACGAAAGAAAAAGACGAAAUGCAUUACGGGUCGUUUAAAUGACAAGAAAAAAAAUACAAUACGUGGCAAGAAUAAUAAUAAUAAUAAUCGACAACGACGACAACCAAGUCGUGAUCAACAAAGUGAACGUUUGUUGAAUGUUUUAUGUGCUGUAUGUGGUGAUCGAUCAUCUGGGAAACAUUAUGGUAUCUACAGUUGUGAUGGUUGUUCGGGAUUUUUCAAACGAAGUAUUCAUCGACAUCGUCAUUAUGUGUGUAAAGCUCAAGGUGAAUUGAAAGAUAAAUGUCCUGUUGAUAAGACUCAUCGAAAUCAAUGUCGAUCUUGUCGAUUAGCUCGAUGCUUCUUGGUCAAUAUGAAUAAAGAUGGUAAUUAUAUAUCGGAUACUGUUACUCGACAAAAAAUUCAAACUUUUGUUUCUAUAGCGGUACAACAUGAACGUGGACCACGUAAAGCAAAACAGAAAAUUCUCAGUGUUUCUAAUAUGAUUUUACCGACUUCAACUGGAUCAACAGCACCACCUGUUGCUUGUUCAUCAUCUCCAACAAUAGCAAAUGUUUCAACUACAUCAAUAUCGAAUCAUUUCAAUCGAAAGCCUAAACUUCUUCCAACACAAUUACAGCAACUAUCUUGUUUACCAACAAUUGACAAUUAUAAUCCGUUCCCAACAAUCAUUAAUCAAAUAACAUUAUACGAAGCAGCAGCACGUCUUUUAUUUACUAUGACAAAUUGGUUAGAAACAGUACCUUCAUUUAAAAUUCUUCCUAAUGAUGAUCAACGUUCUCUUCUUGAAGAUAAUUGGCAUUAUCUUCUUAUAGUUAAUUUAAGUCAAUGGAUGGUACCUAUAAUGGCUAUUCAAUUAACAAACAGUACACUUACACAAACAGAUCAAAUAGAAAUCCAACGUAUAUGUGAUUGUAUUUAUAAAUUACGAUCACUUGCAUUAGAUGCUUAUGAAUAUACUUACAUUAAAACUCUUUCACUUUAUCAAUCUUCAGCUAAACUAUUAAUUAAUCAAAGUCAUAUUGAUGCUUGUCAAGAACAUGUUCUUUUUGUAUUACGUACAAGUUUAAUGUCUCAUUCAACAACAACAUAUUCAAUAAAAUUUAGUCAACUUAUUGGUAUAAUUCAAAUGAUGAAUCAGAUAUCAGCUAAUAGUGUACAACGUAUUUUAUUUCCAAGUAUAACACAUGAUGUACCGGUUGGUAAAAUUCUUUGGGAACUUUAUCGAUCAAAAUCAAGUGAAACAACAAUAUAA